CCAGAACGUCUCCCAGCGCGGUGCAUCAUGGGAGUGACGUCAGUCCGCCGCCAUCGCUGUCUGUGUGCCGGUUGAAGGAGAGAUCCGGCAGUCAUGAGGGGAAUCCGCUCCUUCAACACUUUCUCGAAACGCUGUUAUGCUGCCAGGAGGAGUGAAAGUCUGACUGAACCCCUUGAAAAAGUGAAACCCUCCAAAGCUGCACUCCCUCCACAAAAUGUCCAGGUGUCAAAACUGCCAAAUGGUUUGGUGAUAGCAUCACUGGAGAACUACUCACCCUUAUCAAGUGUCGGCGUGUUUGUGAAAGCUGGGAGUCGCUAUGAGGCUGUUGAAAACCAUGGUGUCUCUCAUGUGUUACGACUGGCAGCAAACCUGACUACAAAAGGAGCAUCUGCCUUCAAGAUCUGUCGCAGUGUGGAGGGACUGGGGGGAAGCCUGAGUGUGACAGCAUCCAGAGAGACCAUGGUCUACACUGCAGACUGUCUUAGAGAUGACAUAGAUUCACUGUUGGGGUUUCUGGUCAACGUGACAACAGCUCAGGAGUUCCGGCCGUGGGAGGUGGACGACUUGGCGUCCAGGGUGAAGAUUGACAAGGCUCUGGCUCAGCAGUGUCCUCAGAUAGGUGUAAUUGAGAAGUUGCAUGAAGCAGCAUACAAAAAUGCAUUGUCCAACUCUCUGUACUGCCCUGACUUCAUGGUUGGCCAUGUCUCCUCUGGACAGUUAAAGUCGUUUGUUGAGGAUAAUUUCACCACUGGUCGAAUGGCUCUAGUAGGAUUAGGUGUACAACACUCUAAACUGAGACAAUUAGGCGAGGGGCUGAGUGUCCACAUUGGGGAAGGAGCGCCAGUGGCUAAAGCUGUGUACCGGGGAGGUGAGCUGCGAGUUCAAAACAGCGAUGACCUUGUCCAUGCACUGAUUGUCAGCGAGGGUGGUGUGGCUGGUAGUGCAGAGGCUAAUGCCUUUACUGUGCUGCAAAGGAUCUUGGGAGCCGGCCCACAUGUGAAGAGGGGUUCGAGCAUCACCAGCAAACUGAGUCAGGGUAUUGCCAAAGCUACCACACAGCCAUUUGAUGCCACUGCCUUCAAUGCCUCGUACUCUGAUUCUGGCCUGUUUGGCGUCUAUACCAUCGCACAACCUGAUUCCGCAGGAGAGGUGAUCAAAGCUGCCAUUGCUCAAGUGAGAGGUGUGGCAGAGGGAAGCAUGUCAGAGGCUGAUUUCACAAGAGCAAAAAAUCAGGUGAAAGCAGAGUACCUGAUGUCAUUAGAGAGCUCCGAGGGCCUGAUUGAGGAGAUUGGUGCUCAGGCUCUGAACACUGCAGCAUACCUGGCUCCCGACGCCGUCCUCAGAGCUGUUGACACCGUCACUAAGAAUGAUGUAGUCAAGGCUGCAAAAAAAUUUGUAGAUGGCAAGAAGACCAUGGCAGCCAGUGGACACCUCGUCAAUACACCAUUUGUGGAUGAAGUAUGAGAGAGGAUCAUUUUAACUUGGAUCUGCUGCACCUGACAGUGUGAUAACAAAAGAAGACUCCAGAGCCACAACCUUCUGCAGCAAUCGGUUAACUGUCCUGCACUUGGUGUGAGCAGCAACAGAGUGCUACAUCAUUAUAAUGCAGUUCAUCUUUUGGAAUUGUUUGUCAAUGUACCUGUAUAUCUAUGUAAAUUAAAGUAAUGACAGCAAAUCAGUUGGUUAUCACUUGAAUUUUGCAUCCGUGACUGAAUCCAGUUAUAUUCUAGUAUGAACAUAACCUGGUGGAUGACAAACCUGCUCUUCAUUAAAUAACUGAUUCCACAA